AUGAAAGGGUUAUCAAGCAACCGAGGCCAACAUCAUGCAACUAACUGUGACCCUUUGUGUGAUACGUUGUCCCACCACCAGGAAAGGAAGCCAUACAUUCUCAAUCCAGUUGACUCCCACCAUGACGAUCAUUCCUAUUGCCCCCAGAGGAAUUCCUUUCACUCAGAGUGCCCGGUUCCAUUCAGUGAUCAAAUAUCUAGUAGUACUUUUCCCAGAAGACAUUACAGUUCACAACAUGACCUUAAGGAAGAAUGUGCCCUGGUGCCUGCACCUUCAUCCAACAAAACCAAUCGCAUCCCUGCCAACCUUCUGGACCAAUUUGAGAGGCAACUUCCAAUCCGCCGGGAUGGGUUCCACACAUUACAAUAUAAGCGGUCAGCCCUGGAACACCGAAGUGAAAGUCCAGGAAGAAUCCGCCACUUGGUUCACUCAGUGCAAAAGCUGUUUACCAAGUCACAUUCUCUCGAAGGACCUUCCAAAGGAAAUAUAAAUGGUAAUAAAGCAAGUCCUGAUGAAAUGCAUGCGACGAAACGUGGCAAGCGCAGCAAAAGCAAAGAUAGGAAGUCGGAACUGAAAAACAAAUCUAAUAUUUCAGGGUGGUGGAGUUCAGAAGAUAACUUGGAUGGUGAUGUAUGCAUUUAUCAUGGCCCAACAAAUGUAAUGACUAUGGGUCGUUGUCCUGACCGUUCAACAUCUCAGUACUUCAUGGAAGCUUAUAAUACUAUCAGUGAACAGACGUUAAAAACUUCCAGAAGCAAUAAUGACAUGAAAUGCACAACUUGUGUAAACAUCCCACUGAAUGUUGAUGCACAAAUCAUGAAGAAGAGUUCGUGGUCUUCAACAUUAACAGUGAGCCGAGCCCAUGAGGUUUUUCAGAAAUCCUCAAUGAAUCUUGAUAAUAAAACGGUCAUGAAAUCGGAGUCGUGCCAGAAAGAACGUUCAUGCCAGUAUCUCCAGGUUCCACAAGAUGAAUGGAGCGGUUAUUCUCCACAAAACAAAGACGAUGAAAUUCCCUGUCGACGAAUGCGCAGUGGGAGCUACAUUAAAGCGAUGGGAGAUGAUGACAGUGGCGACUCAGACACUAGCCCUAAACCUUCUCCAAAGAUUUCUGCACGGCGUGAGAGCUAUCUCAGGGCCACGCAUCCAUCCCUAACAGAGCUCAGCACACUCAAGAUAUCAAGCGAACAUUCUCCCAAACUUCAAAUACGAAGCCACAGUUACCUGCGCGCAGUCAGUGAAGUCUCAAUUAAUCGAAGUUUGGAUAGCUUGGAUCCUGCAGUGCUUCUUGCCUCGCCCAAGUUCCGUUCUCGCAACGAGAGUUACAUGAGGGCCAUGAGCACCAUCAGUCAGGUGAGUGAGGUGGAAGUUAAUGGACAAUUCGAAUCUGUUUGCCAGUCAGUAUUUAGUGAGCUGGAGUCCCAGGCAGUCGAAGCGCUGGAUUUGCCUAUGCCAGGAUGUUUCCGUAUGCGAAGUCACAGCUACGUGAGGGCCAUUGAACAUGGCUGCUCACAGGAUGAUGAAAGUUUGUCACUUAGGUCAGCAUCACCGCCUCGAACAACCACUACGGUGAGGACCAUCCAAAGCAGUACUGGUAGCAUCAAUAUUUCAACUGCAAAAUAUGUGUCAUCGUGUAUUACUACAUAUAAGAAGAAUCCUCCUCCAGUUCCACCACGGACCACAAUUAAACCAUUCAUCUCGAUCACUGCCCAGAGCAGCACAGAAUCUGCUCAAGAUGCAUAUUUGGAUGGUCAUACCCAGAGGGGUGAUUUAAACAGCCAGUCAGGACUAAGUAACUCUACAGAAAGUUUGGACAGUGUCAAAGCCUUAAAUGCUGCUAUCGAAGCUGCAAAUGCACAGGUUCAUGGACCAUCUAACAGUCAACAGCACAUUGACAACACACCAGCAAGUGACAAGGGAAUCCUGCCAGCAGGGGAAUCAAAGGCGGAUGUUUUGAGAAAAAACAAAUGUUCUUCUGUUGGAAUUCAGGUUGAUGGGCCUGACCAGCCCACUUUAGCAGAUUUCAACACAAACAAAUUUCAGUCAGUAGGAAUUCAAGUGGAGUCAGAGAAAUGCUUUCGAAGAUUUACACGGUCAAACAGUGUGACAGCAGCAGUACAGGCAGAUCUGGAUGAUCAGGAACACCCAGAAGACUCAGUAGGACCCGAGGAAGUGGCUUCAGGCCCAUUGAUAAGGCAAUUUUCCAAAGAUGCAAGUACAUCCACAGCUAGCUUUCUUGGAGUGGAGGGAAAUCACGUGCAGGCCUACGCACAGGAACAUGAAUUUGACUCAGACUUUGAUCCUUCUUUUCUGCCUCCUCCUGAACCCUGGAUCGACUCUGUAUCAGAGGCCAGUGUAGAAGCAAGUCAGAGGGCAGUGUGUCAAAGGGAUGGCCGAUGGUUUAUGAAGUUGCUUCAAGCCGAGAAAGAACGAAUGGACGCCUGGUGUAAACAAAUGGAAAAGGAAGAACAAGACAAUGAUCUUCCGGAGGAAAUUUUGGGGAAAAUACGAAGUGCUAUUGGAAGUGCUCAACUGUUAAUGUCACAGAAGUUCCAACAAUUCAGCGGACUAUGUGAAGAAAACAUGAAUCCAAAUGCUUGUCCUCGAUUAACCUCCCAAGACUUGGCAGGAUUUUGGGACAUGCUGCAGUUGUCUAUUGAAAAUGUCAGUAUGAAAUUUGAUGAGCUGCAUCAACUGAAGGCAAGCAAUUGGAAGCAGAUGGAACUUCCUGAAAAGAAGGAGAAAAGAAUUCCUCCUCCUGUGCCAAAGAAACCACCAAAGGGUCAAGUGCCCCUCAAACGUGAAAAAUCACUGGAAGCCACAGAGAAACAAAGGCAGGAGGCACGGAAACGCCUGAUGGCUGCCAAGCGAGCUGCAUCUGUGAGACAGAACUCCGCCACAGAAAGUGCAGACAGCAUUGAAAUUUAUAUCCCAGAGGCCCAGACCAGACUAUAA